AUGGUAUACUCGGGCCUUCGUUCCAUUCCCAAAUUCCUUUCUAUUCGCCUCUCCUCUGGACCACCGAGAGGUGGUGGCCAGCAACGGGGGUUCCUUAUUUCUUCGAGGUCCCAUUUCUGGUCUGGGGGCCCCUCUGGCUGGGAUGGAGCUUGGAUGAUAGCGCCUUUCCACUCUACACCUCUGUCCCUCCAGUUCAUUUCUAUCUUGAGGGCAUUCCUUCCUCUGUGGGGGCAGAGGUCUUGCUCGAACUGGGGCCACCCUGCCUCCUACUCCUUCAUGGGUGAUCCAGCGGCGUUUCCCGGGCUCUUUGCUUUCCUGGUGGGUGGUAACAGCGCAUUAGUCAACUUGAUGCCUAAUUUACAGUCCCCUGUCGCCGUACACCACCGAACCUUGUGCGCGUAUUCGCCACAGGUCGUACAAUUGGCUCCCAGAGACCUGGGGUCUCCUCCCCAAUUGGUUGGACAAUCCCGAGCCAUGUGCCCAGCAAUCCAUACCGCAAGUCCCAUUCUCGUUUAUUCGGCUCUGCCUCCAAUUUUCCUCUACUUCUUCUUCCGGGUCCCGUGCCCGAACCUGCUCCUUCUUUUUCCUUAUCUUGGUGCCCCUGAGGCAUCUCGCUACGCUACCCCUUAUUCUGUCCCAAAGUCAUUCACUGUUGCGAGCUGCUUCAAUGGCCGUGGCCAGGGUGCUCGGUCCAUCCUUCAGGACGUCACCCCGCAGCUCCCUAUCGCUCAACGCAUCCAUAUCCUUCAUGGCUUCCCUAUCUCCCUGCCGGUGUCUGAACAACUUCCUAACUGCCUCAAUGGCUGUGCACUCACUGGCGUACUCUCGGACCAGGGCAGACUUCAGCUCUGUCCAAUAUCCAUUCCUGCAGCUCACCCUAAACGAGGGCAGUCUCAUGCCUCCGACCAGUCUGCGGAAUCCCAUCGUAAUUUCGGAGACUCCCACCUCUCCCUGCCCGCUACACUCAUCCUACGCCUAAUUACUACUACCUUCCCCUUAUUCAACAAGAGACAACAAAAAAAAAAAAAAGGAAAACUCGCCUCACAUAAUAUCGACACUCCAACAGAAUGCAAUGUUGAAGAAAUCGCACACAACAACUAUACACUGGCAGAUUUGCGUGCAACAAGUGAACCGAGGACCAAAAAGUUGACUUACCUUUCUCUGCUCUACGUUUUCUUGUUCUCUCUUCUUCUCUUUUUUCUUUUUUUCAAACCUUUCUGA